UGGGCCGGUAAGAGAGCCCCGGACGGCAGUGGAUCGGGCCCCGGAGGGUGCCAGGGCGUUGAGGAAGCCAGAUCCCAAGCCUCGGGGGCGGCUUUCUUGGGCUUGCCGCACGUCGUGAGGUGCAGGAUUGGCGUGCCAAAGGGAUGGAUGAGACUGUUGCUGAGUUCAUCAAGAGGACCAUCUUGAAAAUCCCCAUGAAUGAACUGAUAACAAUCCUAAAAGCCUGGGACUUUUUGUCUGAAAAUCAACUGCAGACUAUAAAUUUCCGGCAGAGAAAGGAAUCUGUAGUUCAGCACUUGGUUUGGCUGUGUGAGGAAAAGCAAGCAAGUGUCAAUGAUGCUGCCCUCUUAGACAUCAUUUAUACUCAAUUUCAUCAACACCAGAAAAUUUGGGAUGUUUUUCAGAUGAGUAAAGAACCAGGUGAAGAUGUUGACCUUUUUGAUAUGAAACAAUUCAAAAAUUCAUUUAAGAAAAUUCUUCAGAGAGCAUUAAAAAAUGUGACAGUCAGCUUCAGAGAAACUGAGGAGAAUGCAGUCUGGAUUCGAAUCGCCUGGGGAACACAGUACACAAAGCCAAACCAGUACAAACCUACCUAUGUGGUAUACUACUCCCAGACUCCGUACGCCUUCACGUCCUCCAGGCUGAGGCGCAAUGCACCACUUCUGGGUCAGGCACUGACAGUUGCUAGCAAACACCAUCAGAUUGUGAAAAUGGACCUGAGAAGUCGAUAUCUGGACUCCCUUAAGGCUAUUGUUUUUAAACAGUAUAAUCAGAUCUUCGAAAGUCACAAUUCUACAACACCUCUACAGGAAAGAAACCUUGGACUAGAUGUAAAUAUGGAUUCAAGGAUCAUUCAUGAAAACAUAGUAGAAAAAGAGAGAGUCCAACAAAUAACUCAAGAAACAUUUGGAGAUUAUCCUCAACCACAACUAGAAUUUGCACAGUAUAAGCUUGAAACGAAAUUCAAAAGUGAUUUAAAUGGGAGCAUUUUGGCUGAGAGGGAAGAACCCCUCCGAUGCCUGAUAAAGUUCUCUAGCCCACAUCUUCUGGAAGCAUUGAAAUCCUUAGCACCAGCUGGUAUUGCAGAUGCACCCCUUUCUCCACUGCUCACUUGCAUACCCAACAAGAGAAUGAAUUAUUUUAAAAUUAGAGAUAAAUAAGCCGUGUGUGGUUUCAUACACACAGCUCCUCCUUCAUGACAUUUCACGUGCACUUCCAUUAAUGGCUGGCUGUACAGCUUCUGUCUGUAGACUUGUAUUUUAGAGAAUCCUUGUUAUUAAAUUUUUAGAAAUGCUCACAUAAUUGUUGGGACUGAUUCAUUCCUCCACGAUAUGCAUCCUGUCUCGCAUACCCUGCUAACUAACAGUUGUGGCCUUUGAGAUAACAGGACAUAGGUAUAUAUGGCUCCACACUUGACCUUGAGUGCUUGAAUGCUCUGAAAUCAAGCAUUUGGCACAGGGCUGGAGACUUUGGGGCUUGUGUUCUUUUUCCCACUAUUGUCUCUUCUUGAUUCUGGGGAGGUCUGAUUCCAGCCGCUGGUUUCCAGGGAUUGAUUCUUAAGCCUUAGAUCCACAGAAAGAAGCAAAAGGAAACUAUACUUACUCAAAACUUUUUAAAACAAUCAUGAAAAUGGUCCAUUCAAAGGACAGAGUUGAGUCCACUGUGCUAUUGUUGCAAGGGCUUGCAUAUUUGGUGAGUCAGUUAUAUAAAAUAAUAUUCUUGUUGUAAAUAUGAUACUUUUCAUAAUUGUUUUAUCAUGUAUAUAACAUUCAAACUGACAAAUAUUAUACUGAUUUAUGAAUAAAGAUAUAAAAACACCGGCA